AAUGAAAUCAUCAUCAAAAGGGAUUUUAAAAAAAUAAUCAUAACAUGAUAUAGAUAUGUAUUGAUAUCAAUGUUAUUUAUAGGAAAAAAGAAUUGCAUUGGGAUGAGUAUACAAUAUAGUAAAGAAUAUUACAAUAUUAUUAGAUAACAAGACUUAGAGAGAGGAAAUAAAACAAAAAUUGAUGAACCUAAAACACCAUAUGAAGAUGAAAUUAUACAAUAAAAUCAAUAGGAAGAUAAAAUUGAAGUAGAAGAUGAAAUUGAGCAAGAUUUAGUAUAAGCCUAAUUGAAUAAACAAAAAUUACAAUAAGUAAAAUAAGGUCCAUUAUAUGUAGUAACAUCAAAAGAAACUAGAUAUUGAAGAAUUGAAUAAAAGAUUAAAAGAAGAUUUAGAAAGAGAAAGAAAAAAUAUGGAUAAUGAUUCUUCAGAAGAAGAAGAAAAAAGAAAAAAACAUGAAGAAUUUGUUAAAAAAAGAAAAUAACACUAUAAUGAAAAAAAUCUUAUUAGAGAUGCUUUGCAUAAAAAAUAGUUUGAGGACUAAUGA